AUGCGCGUUGAUCUUCCUCAGGCUACGAGUUACUCGCGCAUCUCCGAUCCAAACGUCCUGACUCCAACCGUCAAGAUUAUCCCGGAUAGAUUCAGAAAUAAAGGCAAAAUAUUGAAAGAUCAAUUGCCAAAGAUGGCCUCCAUUUUCACUUAUGGAACGGGACCGGCUCAAGUAGCUUCACCAUGGGCCGUUUCGUCUUCGAAGAACAUAUCGAUACCUCUGGAAACGACAACCUUCAAGAGGCUGGCAGGAAGCGAUGUUCCACAGCCCGAGGCAUUGGCAGAUUAUGGAAAUUCAAAACUCGAGGCAGAACCUCAAGAAGGUCCUACAGAAUACAAGUUACAUCUAUUGCUGCGCCCACGGCGGAAUUUCUCGUCGACGUCGACCGUGCAAAAGGUUCCAGGCUCGCACCUAUCCAAAUCUCGUUCGCAAACGCCUUCAAAUAGCACGAGGAUUCCAUCUGGGACGUCCUCUCAAGCUCUUGCUCCCAGUACUCAGUCGCGGCAAAACAGACUCCAGCAUCUUACGACUCAGCUCUUGUGGAGGCUGCAGCAGUCUUCACCGCAUCAUACUUCAAGCAAGUCUGACCUCGUACUGCCUGUUCUUCCAGAAGCCGACAUUGAGCUUUCAGCUCUACAAGGUCCUAGAGAACUCCUCGCUGGCUUGGAAGAAAGCGUGGGCGCCCUUUACGAGAUAGGCGUUAGCGAUGACGGGACCCUUGUUGGACUAGCAAUAGACGAGCUGGAGGAAAGCUUACUCGUCUUACGAGCCAUGGCUUUCAGCCUCGGGUGCAAUCUCCGUCUUCUGCGAAUGGUGGUAGUUGGCGAAUGCCAGUGGGCAGAAGAGACCUCAGAGCUAGUAAAUGGCACCACCAAAAUACACCAAGGAAAGCUUUGGGUCGCAGAAGUACUCGUAGCGCCAUUUUUGAGAUCAGUGGAAUCUCGAGAGGAUCCAAAUUGCACCAGGAAUAGUGGAACAACACCCCCAACCGAGACCCAUAGGUUUGCGCUUACAAACUCCUCGCUUGAGCCCGAGCAGUUGCGCGUUUCCUUAAUUGGAAGCACUACCUCUGGAAAAUCGUCUUUGUUGGGCACCCUUUCGACCUCGACAUUCGACAACGGCCGUGGGAAAAGUAGGCUCAGCCUCCUAAGGCAUCGCCACGAAAUUGUUUCUGGUGUAACUAGUUCGCUUGCGCAAGAGUUGAUUGGUUAUCAACAGAUCCUUCAAGCGAGCGGCACGGCAAACAACGUGGUCAACUAUGCAUCUGACAAUGUCUCUUCGUGGACGGAUAUUCACCAUUCGAGUAAUCUGGAUCGGCUAGUAUUCAUCACUGACUCUGCAGGACACCCCAAGUUUCGGAGGACAACAGCUAGGGGGCUUAUAUCUUGGGCGCCGCAUUGGACACUUUGCUGUGUUGCUGCGGAUGACGACGAGGAUAGCUCUGGAAGGAUCGGUGCAACUGCGACGUCCGGGGAUGUGCUCGGACCUGCAGGUCAAGGGAUCGACCUGUCGAAAGCUCACCUCGACCUCUGUCUCAAGCUUGAUCUGCCGCUUGUUGUGGUGAUUACAAAGCUAGAUCUUGCAUCUAAGAUCGGGCUUAGACAAACCGUUGCGAAAGUCUUGUCAACAAUCAAGGCAUCAGGACGGAAGCCUACAGUCAUCCCUGUUACUAGUUCAUAUUCAGGGAUCGUGGAGUCACGAAGCAUCCUGAGAGCGGACCACGAGGCAGUGCAAAGCGUGAUGGGGUCAAUUCUGCCUGAUCAAUCAUCUUCACUCGUGCCCAUCGUACUCACAAGUGCUGUGACUGGGAUCGGCAUAGGUCAAGUCCAUUCCCUCUUACGGCAGCUGCCUGUCUUCAACCCAGAGUCUCCUGAUCCCCUUAGCUCUGCUUCAGAGGAACAGCACGACGGGAAAGGGUCUACUACAGUCUUUCAUGUCGAUGAAAUCUUCGCAGUGCACGAAACGUUCCAGGAUUAUGCAGCCAUCAGCUCAAGCUCUCGCCCGUGCUUCAUUCUCAGCGGCUAUCUGCGCCAUGGUGUCCUUCAAACAGGCGACAACCUACUUUUAGGCCCGUUCUCAUCGGAAUCGACGCUUGUUGUUUCGGACUUACCUUUGGCUUACCGAACAAAGUCAUAUCCUGGACUAAGCAAAUCCCUACCACAAAAUUUCACAGCCUAUCCCAGCACUCAAAGUCUAGCCGUGGUAGACGUUGAGAACGGUGGCGAACAACAAGUAGCAAGUCGUAGAGGCACUAGCCACCUCUGGCAGACGGUACAAGUUGCAAGCCUUCGAUACCUCCGUCUUCCUGCCCGAGGGCUAAAAGCCGGACAAGUUGGCACUGUGGCGAUCUCGACAGCAAACCCGCUGUAUCUCAAUGGUGAACCGUGCAUCCGACGAGGCAUGGUGCUAUGCAAGCCUUUGACACUCGCGCAAACUCCUCCGGCAUACUCUUGCAUCACAGCCGUGUUCGCGGACCCAAGUAUCUACGUUAACCCUGGCAGUACGGUGACCCUCGUCACCGCCAGCAUUCGCACGCCGGCCAAGAUAGUUGAGGUUAGGAUACCCGAACGAGCGAGCACUGCGAGCGCAAAUCCAGACAUAUUCGCGUUCGACGAGAAUUACGACCUGAAGAAUGAUUUUGCAAGCUCCGGUGAGGGGAAUGCGAUGCCCAUGCUGGAAGAGAUCGAGAUAACCUUUCGCUUCACAAACAGUCGAGAAUGGGUCGAGUUAGGCACCAAGGUUCUCGUGACACCUGCUGGUGGUAUCAGUAUGCUUAAUGCGCCAUCGAGAGAUGGAUCGAGCGAUGUAAAUAGUGGUGGUGGUGGCGCUGUCGCAGCUUUGGAUGGGUUCGUUGGCAAGAUCGUCGCUGCAACUGAAUAA